GCCUUGUCUUUAAUUUAAUACAUAAACAGAAUACGCUUCUUGUCUCUAAGCACUAUCCUCUCAGCAGUUCAGCGCCCACCAUAUAUAUCACUUCUCAUUGAAACAGUUCGACUCAAUCGUCGUUCAUUCUUGACACGACGAUGGGAAACUGCAUCACUCUCUCGUGGACGGCGAAUUCCAGGAGAAAAGGCGCUUCUCCCAUCGAGACCGCUUUCAAGCUUCCUUCGCCAUUGCCCACUUGGCCACCUGGCACAGGUUUUGCACUUGGUACUAUUGACCUAGGAGGACUAGUGGUGUCCCGAGUAUCAUCUCUGAACAAAGUUUGGGCUGCUCAUGAGGGAGGACCGGACAAUGUCGGGGCGACAUUCUUCGAACCAUCAAAACUACCGCAGGGAUUCGUCAUGCUUGCUUGUUAUGGACAAGCUAACAACAAGCCUCUUAAUGGAUGGGUUCUUGCUGGGAAGGAUGGGUCAGGUGGGGCUCUUCAAAAGCCAAUAGAUUAUACUCUGGUUUGGAGUAGCGAGCCCUUGAAAAUCAAGCAAGACGGGAAUGGCUACAUCUGGCUUCCCGUGGCCCCCGAAGGUUAUAAAGCCGUGGGACAUGUGGUUACAAGCUCGCCAGAGAAGCCACCCCUUGACAAAAUCCGAUGCGUUCGAUUGGACUUCACCGACCAGUGCGAGACAGAUUCGUGGAUUUGGUGGCCUGACAAGUCGAGCGACACAAAGGGUUUCAAUGUGUACAGCUUGAGACCAAAAAAUAGAGGAACACAAGCUUUGGGCGUAUCUGUUGGUACUUUCAUUGCCCAAAAUGGUGCGGAUGAUUCCCCUCUUGCCCUAUCAUGUUUGAAGAACAAUAAGCCCAAUUAUACAUCCUCCAUGCCUAACGUUAGCCAAAUCCAGGCAAUAUUUCAAGCUUACGCUCCGUUUGUGUACUUCCAUCCCGACGAAACCUACUUGCCAUCUUCAGUCAUCUGGUUUUUCGGCAAUGGGGCGCUGUUAUACAAAAAGGGAGACGAGUCUAACCCUGUUGCUGUUGAACCCAACGGUUCAAACCUCCCACAAGGCGGCUCAAACGACGGUGCCUACUGGCUGGACCUCCCAAAGGACCAACCAGCCAAAGAGAGAGUAAAGAAAGGAGACUUACAGAGCUUCCAAGCUUAUGCACAUGUUAAACCGAUGUACGGUGCGACGUUCACAGACAUAGUGCUAUGGCUGUUCUACCCUUUCAACGGCCCGGCUAGGGCAAAGCUUGAGUUGAUCACUGUCCCAUUAGGGAAGAUAGGUGAACAUGUCGGUGACUGGGAGCAUGUGACCUUGAGGAUCAGCAAUUUCACUGGUGAGCUGUGGGAGGUCUAUUUCUCACAGCACAGCAAUGGAACUUGGGUCAAUGCUUCCGAGCUGGAAUUCCAGAGCGGGAACAGAUUUGUGGCCUAUUCUUCCUUGAACGGUCAUGCUUCGUACCCAAAGUCGGGGCUGGUUUUACAGGGCAGUGGAGGAAUCGGAAUCAGGAAUGAUACUGCCAAAAGCAAAACGGUCGUGGACACAGGAGUUGCGCAUUCUCUAAUUGCUGCUGAUUAUCCAAGCGCAUCUAUAAGUUCACCUCCAUGGGUCAACUAUCUAAGGGAAUGGGGUCCUAAGAUUGCUUAUGAUACUGCAGAGGAGUUAAAGAAGGUGGAGCAAGUAUUGCCUGGAAAGCUUAAAUCGGCAUUUGAUAGUUUAGUGAAGAGUCUGCCGAGUGAGGUGUUAGGGGAGGAAGGGCCUACAGGUCCUAAAGCUAAGAGCAACUGGAGUGGCGAUGAAGUUUGAGGAUUAACCCGACUGCAGCUUACAUAGAAAGGAUUAAGGCAGACACAGAAGUUGUUUAUGACUGAUUUCUGCAGAAAUUACACGUUUUAGUGCACAUAUUGUUCUUAUCCAGUUAA